AUGUAAAUAGAUAGUCGUCAGUGUUUAGCUGCUCUAUUCGUCUUGAUUAAUUUUUCAAUUAUCAAAGACGUUGUUGCAGGCACAAUUUUAUAAGGGACCACUCCUAUUUACAAUACGAUAGCAAAUAAUAACUAAAAAGCAGAUUAUACAUUUUAAAUUAUACCUUAAUCUUCGAUUCCUGCUGGUGGUUAAGUUGUUAUAACCUUCCCAUAUCAAUAUGCUCCUGGAUUAGGGAUACAAGCAGUAACAAGUACAACUUGCAACAUGCGAUGUGAUGUUUAUGAUUAAAAAGUAUUUUUCUACUUUGACACAUAAGAUAUCCUUAGCAACAUAUAGCUUAAUUUGACCAUCUAUCAAGUUUUAAAUCCUUUGAAUGCUGGAGGUACAGGUAAUUUCUAUGUUGAAACAAUGAGGGGCUAAAACUAUUAUGACUCAAACUUAAUGUUUGGAUCACUUGGUGUUGCUGGUAGUAUUGCAUAGUUAGCUUCAACUACUAUAGCAGUCGACUCUUCAGGAACUACUUCAGCAGGUCAACCUUCAAAAUAUAAUUUUGCCUUUAAAACUGCAACGUUCAUACCUUAAAAUUCAUACAUAGAAUUAUGGAUACCCAAUUCAGGAUUUUCUAUUUCCAAAAACCCUUCAUGCUCAACUUACCCUAUUAAUGGUGUUUAGAUUUAAGGUUAAAUAUAAUGUACGCUGGAACCUGGAACUACAAUAAUCUAAGUUUCAGGUUUUUCACAGGACAUAAAUAUUGGAAGUGAUGUAGGGCUAAGUGUAACAAUGACAAAUCCAACUAUAUCAAUAUUUACAGGAAAUUUUAGAAUUGUUGUUUAUAGAGCAAACACUAAAGUAGUACUUGCUUGGAGUAAUUAUUUAAAAGGUCUACAAAUUACGCCAGGUUAGAUGCAAUAUAUAAAUUUUCAACCUGUUUAAAGUUUGGUUGUUUAAGCAGAACAAAAAAUAAUUGAUUACACUCUGACAUUCCUUCCUAAAAAUCCAUUACUAAGUGGUUCCAUAAUUUAGAUAAGUUUGCCUUCUGAUGGCUCUAUUAAAUUAUUUGAUAACAAUUCUGAUUUUACUUCGAGUUACUAGCUUUUAUAUGGCUUGAGUGAUAUCAGCUCAGAUAAUGAAUUAGAUGAUACUGAUGUAACAAAUAACUAUAUAAGAUUCAAGAAUUUUGCACCUUAAACAUCACCUUCAGAGAUAUCUAUUUUUAUGAGACUAAUUUUGCCAGGACUUCCUGGUAAUUCAAACUCAAUCGUUGUUACAACUUACACAAGUAGUUAGAUGACUACUAUCAUCGAUUAAGACUCUACUUCUGCUUUCAUCACUGUAUAACCAUACAAUUCAUACAAUGGAGCUAUAUUAGUUCAAAACUAAGCUAACAAUAAAUAUCAAGCAAAUACUCUAGCGUCUGCUACCAUUAACUUUACUCCUCCUUCCCCUAUCCCAGCUGGAAGUGUUUAUAGGCUUAUUUUUCCCAGCUAAUUUUCUCUUUCUUCUGUUUCAGCUUCUAAAUGUUAAGUAAAUGCGAUAAAUUCAAAUAUUUGCAAACGUAAAGAUCAAGUUGUCACAAUGUAUUCUUCUACUGCUCCUGGCUCAUCAAUUACAAAUGGUGUUUAAGGAACUUUAUCAUUUACUGGCUUUAUCACUACUCCGAUAUAUUAAGGCGCAUACUUAGUCGAUUUAACUAUCUAUGAUAGCACUCAAACUAACGUUUUAUUCACUUUCAGCAUUUUAUUAAUAAUAACACCCUAGCCUUUAACUUCUGUUAAUCAAUACGUUUAUAUGAACUAUCUUAAUUAUGCACCAGCUGCUGCUACUGACUAUAUAAGAAGAGGUAUUUUAGAGGUUUCUCUAACAACAGUAUCAUUAACAAUCCCUUAAGGAAUGCCAUCAAAUCUUUCAACUGACCCAUAAGGAUUUAUUGAUGUUUUAUUCAUUUCAAAUUAUGACUAAACUCUUGGCAGUAAUGUUUAAUUUGGCAAGGAAUUUUAUUGCAAGGCUCUGGAUGGACUAUUUAGCUUGCAGGAAUACAAUAUUAAAUGUUAUUUAAUAAAGACAACAUAUGCUGAUCCCACUACUUCAUCAGCUCCUGCGACGUAUACUGCAAUCAGAAUGAAGUAUUUUUAGUCUAUUGCUCCGAAUUCCUACAUAAGAUUCCAUAUUCCAAAUAUUCUUAAUCCUCUAUAAUCUCCAGCAUAAAUAAAAGUACUGCUAAAAUAACUAUCUAACAGAAGAGAGUAAAUUUUAAAUACAUCUGGAAAUAUCAAUGUAAAUUAUGCUUCUUAUCCUUAAGGUGCUGUGACUAACUUAUAGAACGAUAACUAUAUCCUUUUUAAUCCUAAAACAAUAUUAGAUACAACCUCAUUUAAUAUAUAUUAUCUUCAAUAAAGUUUUGAUAUUAAAAUUGCGUUAAGUGCCACAGUGCCUUCAUAUAAUCUUGGAGAUUUCAUAAUACUAAUUCUUCCAUCAUUCGAUACAGGAUUUAUCCCUAAUGAUGAUAGUAUAUCUAUAGGCAUAUUAGAAGGAAGUACAUAUUAUACUCAACAAACUAUUUUAUAUCAUUCAAUAAAUUGGAUUUUAAUUCAAAUUACUAGUGUAAAUCCUUCUACAAAUUAACUAUAAUCUACGAACAACUUGUACAUCUAUAUAAGAAACCUUGUUUAUCCAAGAUAUGCACAAAUAUUUGGUACUAUAAUCUAAAUUCCAGUUUAUAUGAAUCCAGCAACCUAGUCAAAUAUCUAAGCUAUAUCACGUAAUUCAAAUUCACUGCCAGUUGUAAAUGAUUUCACAGAUGUUUAAAUACAAGUACCUUUUAAGGCUGCUUUUCAACCAGGUUCAAGAUUUGAGUUUUACAUAAUUCCUUAAAAUGAUUUGCUUGAUGGUUUUUCUGUUCAAAUUACGUUUGAUAGUUAAUUUAAUUUGUAAAUGAGUUUCCCCAGUCCUUCAUUUUCAGCUCCUCAGCUAAAUCCUCUAACUUCUUAAGGUUUAAUAUACAAAGUGCAAAAUAAUGUUUUUACUAUAUCUAAUAUCUAAUCUCAUCCUGCUGGAUCUCCUUUCAGAAUAGUAGUGGAUGGAGUUAAAAACCCAGCUUCAAUUAGCUAAACAACUACAGGAUGGUCUGUUAUUGCAUAUUAUUAAAACUAAAAUAACUUUAUUAAUCAAAGAAAUGCAUUUAGCGGUUAUGUAACAGGAACAGCUUUUCAGUCAGGAUUUGUUAUAUUUUAAGGAAUUAAUGCUUUUCCAAGUAAUUCAUAUUUAUUUGCUACUUACACUAUAGCCUUCACUCCUUCAUCCUCUUUUAAAGCAUAUGCUACUAUUUAAAUUACCUUCCCAAUAAGCAGUUUUUAGAAUUUGCCAAUAAACCCAAUUUGCUAAGUUUCAGGCGGACUUUAGACUUUUAAAAGCUGCUCAAUAUCAGGCAACACAUUCAUUCUAGUUACAGAAACUGAUUAUAAUUCAGAUACCAUAAAUUUUACUGUUUAGAAUAUUUAAAACCCGUCUCCAGGUUAGACUGAUGGAUUUAUUGUUUAAAUUUAUUAUGAUGGUGUGCUUUUAUAAGAUACAGAUACAACCACACUUAAUUUAAGAACUUUAUAAAUUACUAAUCGUGCAACUCCUAUUUAAGUUCAACAAAUGUCCUUUUCUCCUAUUAAUGAAGCACAAAACGGAUAGUAUACUUUUAUUUUAAUUCCUACUAAUAGUCUAACUUCAAACUCCUUAAUAUACAUUAAAUUCCCAUAAUAAUAUGAUAAUCUCCUAGGCUAAAAUAUAAGCUGCUAAUCCUAAGGUGGGUUAACUUCUGAAAUAGGCUGUUCAGUCAGCCUAGGCGUUAUAACAAUAAAUGGAAUAACAUCAUAUACUCCUAGUUUUGAUAAUCCAAUUGUUCUUGUUAUUUCUGGAAUAAUGAACCCAAAUGAGCUUUAAGACAGAAACGGUGGAUCAUUUUAAAUUGGAAUAUACGCUUUGUUUACUAAUUACUUUGUUGACUUUAAUGGAAAUGCUGGAAAUUUAAGGACAACAGCAGCACCUUCAUGGCUAUAGCUAUAAAAUAUGUACCCAAGCAACUAUUACAUUAGAAGAUCCUCUACUUAUUACAUGCAAUUUAUCAUAGACCCAUCAUAUCCUCUACCCAGUGCUAACUCACUUGGUCAAAUCCUAAUUGAGUACCCUAGUUAAUAUGAUGUACCGAAUUGGCAAGUUUUAAGUUGCACAUCCACAAAUGUGAUUAUGAAUAAUAUUAAUUGCUCUGUCAAUAACAAUAUAGUAACUGUUACAGGAAAUUAAGUAAAGCUUAGUGGACUAACAGAUCUAUAUAUUAAUAAUUUCCUAAAUCCAACCAACCCAGGAUCAACAAACCCAAUUAUCAUCAAAGCUUUUGAUGGUUUUAACAAUAAUAUCAUUUCAUAGACAUUCUUUAACAUAGAUCCUUCUUUCUUCACUUUUAAAAUUCCUGGACCUUAUAUAAGUGUAAAUGCUAAUUAGACAAUAAUAGUAGAAAGAGGUACAUAAACCAAAGAUCUUUAAGUCAGUCUUAUUUAUCCAUGCGCUCUUAAUUUAACUCUUAUUCCCUAAGUUUCUUAAUAAGGAAUAACAGUUAUACCUUCUCAAUUACCCUUACUUUUAGGAAAUUUAACAUCUACUUUCAGAGUUUCAGUAGAUCAGGGACUAAAUGGAGGUAAUUAUUACAUCUACUGGUCUAUUUAAGGAGAAUAAAAUCCUCCUCUCUAUACUCCUAUGUAAAAGACUUAAGUUCAAGUAACAGCAAAUAAAAAUAUUAGAAUAAAUGUAGGAACUUUGCAAGAAGUACCUUUAGGAGGUUGGUCUUUGCCAACUGUAAUUUCUACCGACUAUGCUCCUAAUCUUUCUUUAGAAAUUUUAAUUCUAUUCAAGCAAAACUACCAAGGUGUAACUAUUUCUUAAAAGAGUUUACUGUUAUCAUAAGGAGUUAAUUCUGUAUCAUUUUACUUGAAUUGCACAACUGACACUACUGUCUAAAGUGGUACUUUAUAACUUUCUUUGGACGGUAUUAACUCAGAUGUUUACACAUUAAGUCAAACAAGUUUAAAUUUUGUUAUUAUUGGAUAAGACACAAGUCCGCCUCAAAUAACAGACUUUUCCAAUACAACUACAACAUAGACUACUGCUACUAUAACAAUAGGUACUUCAGAAGUAACCUAAGCUUUUUUGAUGAUAGCUUUAUAAGGAACAGAUGCUCCUUCAAUAAAUGACCUUUUGAUUUAGAAAAAGCCUAAAUGGAAAUCAACAAGAACUAUGUAUGGAAACGUUAUUAUAGGUAAUACCAAUUAGGCUACUUACACAUUUACAGGCUUAUAAGCACAAGUAUAUUAUACCUGCUUUGCUUAUGCUGUAGAUAGAGGUGGUUAAUGGAGUGGAUUAAAAUAAUUUGAUUUCUAAACUUCAAGCAGGUAUGUUGCUGCAGACUUUGCCUUAACAUUUAAUUAAGCUUACUUAAAUUCUGCAGAAAAGAGAAAUAUUAUUAAUGGAGUUGCUUUUGUACUUAGUUUGAUGUAGGCAUAAGUAAUAGAAAGAAAAUAUGUUUUUACAUCAAGUUAAAGCUCAACAUAAACUUCCUCAAGAAUUCUAUAGGAUUAAGAUACGUUUAUAAAAGAGAGAAUAUUGCAGACUUAACAGACUUCGAUUCACUUAUAAAUUAUAUCUAAUCCUUUUACAGAAAAUUUCCCUUCUCCCUACAGUCUUGUCGGAUAUUUGAUUUAAAAUUAAUUAAAUAAUCUAGCGAAUAUCUUAACUAAUCUCAAUACUAGUGCAACAAUUCCUUAUUCUAAUUUUUCAGUUUAUGUUCCUACUUUUUUAAUUACACCAACUGAAAUAGACACAGCAACAAAUAAGGUUACAAUUUCUGUGGAGCUUGAUAAUUAUGGCUUUGUUUAUGCUAUGGCUACUAAGACUUAAGAGGAUAAAGGUAAACCAAAUGGCUAAUAAAUUUAAUGGGGUUAUAACUCUACAAACGGAAUUGUGCCAAGCUGGAAGAUAGAAAUAUCAUAACCAUAUACAAAAUAUAAUAUUACUAUUCCUAGCAUGAUUCCGAACACUGAAUAUAAUGUUUAUAUUAUUGGAGGUAGUGUUUAACCUGGUUAUCCUGAUUUAAUGGAUAAUUCUUAGAUUUAACUGAUAUCAGCCCAGACUCUAUUUAUUCCAAGCUUACCCAUCUUGGAUUUAUCACAAAUGAUACUCAAAUUUGCUAUUCCUUAAUUCAUAUUCGUACUUCUAUAUGUUUUAUGA